CCGUGCCUGCUUCUCUCCAGGGCAGCGCCCGGCAUGUGGGCCAACGUCACGGCGAAGCCGCUCUGCCCGCUCCUGGAGCACAUGACCCGCCUGCAGGGCCACGGCAACUCGAGCAUCCGCUACAUGGACCACGCGUCGGUGCUGCUGCACGGGCUGGCCGCGCUGCUGGGCCUGGCGGAGAACGGCCUGGUGCUCUUCCUGGUGGGCUGCCGCAUGCGCCAGACCGUGGUCACCACCUGGGUGCUGCACCUGGCGCUGUCCGACCUGCUGGCCGCCGCCAGCCUGCCCUUCUUCACCUACUUCCUGGCCGUGGGCCACUCGUGGGAGCUGGGCACCACCUUCUGCAAGCUGCACUCCUCCGUCUUCUUCCUCAACAUGUUCGCCAGCGGCUUCCUGCUCAGCGCCAUCAGCCUGGACCGCUGCCUGCAGGCGCUGCGGCCCGUGUGGGCGCAGAACCACCGCACGGUGGCGGCGGCCCACAGGGUGUGCCUGGCGCUCUGGGCGCUGGCGGCGCUCAACACGGUGCCCUACUACGUGUUCCGGGACACCAUCCCGCGGCGGGACGGGCGCGUCAUGUGCUACUACAACCUGCUGCUCCUGAGCCCCGGGCCCGACCACGACGCCACGUGCCACUCGCGCCAGGUGGGCCUGGCCGUCAGCAAGUUCCUGCUGGCCUUCGUGGCGCCGCUGGCCAUCAUCUCCGCCAGCCACCUGGCCGUGAGCGCGCGGCUGCGCCACCGCGGCCGCCCGCGCUCCGGCCGCUUCGUGCGCCUGGUGGCGGCCGUGGUGGCGGCGUUCGCGCUGUGCUGGGGGCCCUACCACGUCUUCAGCCUCCUGGAGGCGCGCUCGCACGGCGACCUGGCGCUGCGGCCGCUCGUGUGGCGCGGGCUGCCCUUCGUCACCAGCCUGGCCUUCUUCAACAGCGUGGUCAACCCGCUGCUGUACGUGCUCACCUGCCCCGACAUGCUGGGCAAGCUGCGGCGCUCCCUGCGCAGCGUCCUGGAGAGCGUGCUGGUGGAGGACGAGCUGGGCGCGGGCAGCCUCCGCCGCGCCUCCUCCUCCGCCGCCGCCGCCCCCGCCCUGCGCGCCUCCCGCGGGCCCCGGCCGGCGCACCUGCUGGGCUGGCUGCGCGGGGGCCGCGCGGCGCCGCCCGCCAAGGGCCGGGGGCCCCAGGAGGAGGAGGGCCCCCUGAACCGGGCGCUGAGCAACACCUCCGGCUAGAGGCGCGGCCGGCAGCGACCA